CGGUGGUGCGCGCCGGAGGAGCCACGUCGCCUUUCCCCGCGGCCAGGUGCGCGCUCGCCCGGGUGGCCGGCUGCGACGAUGACCGACGCGUUGCUGCCUUCGGGCUGCCGGGCGGCGGCGCAGCGGGCGAGGGAGUGCUACUUCCGAAAGGGAUGUAACCCUCUCGCUGAGACAGGACGGAGCAAACUUCAAAAUCAAAGAGCCGUUCUGAAUCAACAGAUACUGAAGGCAGUGAGGAUGAGAGCUGGCGCUGAAAAUCUUCUCCGCGCAACAACCAACAACAAAGUACGGGAGCAAGUGCUUCUAGAACUGAGUUACGUAAACUCAGAUCUGCAGAUCUUGAAGGAAGAGUUAGAAGGUCUGAACAUCUCGGUCGAGGUCUAUCAGAAUACUGAAGAGACGUUUAGCAUUCCUCUGAUACCGCUUGGCUUGAAAGAGACCAAAGAUAUUGACUUCGCAGUGUACUUGAAGGAUUUCAUUCUGGAACACUACAGUGAAGAUGGUUCUGAAUACGAAGAGGAAAUAGCAGAUCUUAUGGAUUUGCGACAAGCCUGCCGUACUCCCAGCAGAGAUGAGUCUGGAGUUGAGAUGCUGAUGAGCUACUUUGUUCAACUGGGUUUCGUGGAGAACAGAUUUUUUUCACCAAGUAGACACCUGGGGAUUUUAUUUACUUGGUACGACUCUUUCACGGGAGUCCCCGUCUGCCAGAAGAACUUGUUGCUCGAAAAAGCCAGUGUUUUGUUUAACAUAGGAGCGCUCUACACUCAGAUUGGCACGAGAUGCGACCGGCAAACUCAGGCGGGGCUCCAGAAGGCAGUCGACACUUUCCAGAGAGCCGCAGGAGUUCUGAAUUAUCUAAAAGAGACCUUCACACACACCCCAAGCUAUGACAUGAGUCCCGCCAUGCUGAGCGUGCUGGUCAAGAUGAUGCUGGCCCAAGCCCAGGAGUGCGUCUUUGAGCAGAUGUGCCUUCCCGGAAUACGGAAUGAAUUCUUCACACUGGUGAAGAUGGCCCAGGAAGUUGCAAAGGUUGGAGAAAUAUAUAUGCUCGUUAACACUGCGAUGAAUCAAGCGCCGGUCAAGGAGAACAUCCCUUACUCUUGGUCGAAACUGGCCCAGGUCAAGUCGGACCACUUCAGAGCUUUGGCUCAUUACUUCAUUGCCACGGUUCUGAGUGACCACCAAUUGGGUCAGAAUGACGAUGAAGACCAGCAAGAAAAAGCUUUCUCCCAGCUCUACGACCACAUGCCGGAAGGGUUGACCCCUUUAACCCUUUUGAGGGACAGAGCUCAGCGCAGCCAGCUGGCAAAAGCCCACUUGCAGAGAGCCAUUGUUUCUCAUGAAGAAGCCUUGCGGGUUUGCGGCUUAUGUAAAAAGCUUCGGAAUAUAGAUAUACUCCAGGAGAUCCUGUCGGUCGCCCACAAACGUUCCUGUCUCAAAUAUUCGCAGCAAGAGCGGGAAGAUGAAUUCUUGGCUUUGUUUCAGGCUCCUGAUAUCCUUCCUAAGACAGACCAUAAAAUCGAAAUGAUUCCUCCCCAGUUCUCCAAGGUGAAAGUCAAAGACUUCUUUGAGAAGCUGGGCCCGCUGACAGUGUUUUCGGCAAAGCAGAGGUGGACUGCUCCUCGCACGGUAAAUUUCUCCUGUGAAGCUGGCAGUCUGGGAUUCACUGUGAAAGGAGGCCCACCAGUACAUGUCUACUGUCUCGAUCCAGGUUGUCCUGCAGCAUCGGCUGGUUUGAAAGAGGGAGACUGUCUGGUUUCCAUUGGAGGCGUGGAUUGCAAAUGGCUGGGAGUGACUGAAAUCUUGGAAAAGUUCAAAAACCUGAGAGGGCAGGAUAUGGAGAUCCAAGUUAUCAGUUGCCAAGAUUCAGCAGCGUCUAUGCUUAACAAAAGCGCAACAUACUCUGCGGGAAUGCAGAAAACCUACUCUUUGAUCUGCUUGGCCAUGGAAGAAGAUAAAAUAGACACGACCAAAAAAGUGACUCCGAAGCUAUCCUUUCUGAGCUGGGGGACGAAAAAUAGGAAGAAAGCGGCCAGCACGCUCUGUCUCCCUUCCGUUGUAUCUGGGAGUUCUACAGCGAAAAAGAAACUUGCAUCUCCGUUCACGCUUCUAAGUACGGACGGCUCGUUGUACUGAGACUUAAAAAGGGGGCUUUUUAUUGUCUGGAAGUCUUUCCCCCAAAGGGUGCCUUAAAUCUGAAAUGUAACCCUAUAAAUCUAGAGUAACUCCAUUGAAUGGCACCGAUGACUAAAACUCUGGCCCAUGCUUUGAAAUCUGUAAGGGUCCCAUAUUUGGAAAAGAAGGAAGUUGUUGGGAGAGCAUUAAGAAUCCUGGGCAGAAAAGAAAUCGUCCUUAACUGCUACUGGAUUUCUCUUGAAUUUUUUCCCCUCUAUGUCAUAAUUAUCUUAUAAAAAAAAAACUAUAGACAAAACUGUUUGUAGCAUAUUUCACAUGCUGUAUAGUGUUGGGGGAACUAUGAAGGAUUUUUUAAAAAAAUAACUGUGUCAAUUUAUAACUGUUAAUGAUGAAUAGUAACUUCAGUGAAGACGGAGUGACGAACAAGUGAACAAAGGAAAACCGUUGUCAGCUGAAAUGGGAGUGGCAAAGAACUCGAGGGCAGACUAGACCGCUGCCAUUUUGGAUGGAUCCAGCUGAAGUCAGUAAGAUAGGAGAAACUGGUGCAUAGCUUCUGUUGAUAACUGUGUGAGGUUUAAAAAGCCCACUCACAUAGGCCUCGGCUUUAUGAAACUCUGGGAAGUCUGUGAAUGGGACAUCCCAGCUGUUUUCUCUCUCUAACCAUCAUGUGUUCAGGGGCCUCAUUCCCAUCAGAACCAUGAAGGGAGAUUCAAUUUUAACAAUGCAAUCCUAAGCAGAGUUGCACCCAUCUGAGUCCAGAAGUCAAUGAAUUUAGAAGUCAAUGAAUUUAGAAGGGUGUGACUGCUUUUUUUACAUCAUUUUGUUUGUUUCAUUUAUACCCCUACCUUUCUUACCUUUCCAGUCUGACACUCUAACUACUACACUACACCAAGGUUGCACAGCAAGUGUCCUCCUUCUUCACACCAUGUUCCUGAACUGGGAGGCCACUGUUUUUUCCCUUCGGGCAACCGUGCAGAUUUUGAUGAAAGUACCUGUAUGUUUUUCCCAAAUUGGGCAUAAAAGAGCCCAACAGUCAAUAAACAGCCCCGGGUGCAGAGAGGAAAGCUUAAUCCCAACACCUCCUUAAUCCCAGCUCCCCUCAAACUGUGGUUGCCACAAUCAGGUGCUUUACGAUGCAUACCUGAUUUUUGGGGGGAGAGAAAUGCUCGGAGGGGAGGACUCUGUUCAUGGAAUGCCUAGAGUCGCAGGCAGCUGAACCGAAGUUGCCCUCAGAUAGUAUAAGGGUGGCUCUAUAGCUGAAGAAAAUGUUGACCUUGCCUGCCUUCUAAAUGUUGCCUGUAGAGCCAAUUUUGAUUGGUCUCUUGCACAGGACUGGUGUACAGUUUUUAAAAGGGCUACAUGCCGACUGUCUGAGAGAAGACUUGUCCUGUCCGCCCCAUCCACAUGGAGGUGGGUCUUUAUCCUAUAGUAAUACCGUGGGAUGAACUCCAUUGGGAGGCAGCUUCCAUAGCACUGCCAUAAAGUGCGUAAAGGGGUAAUUUAGUGAAAAGAAGAGCGUAAGCAGCCCUUACAUUCCAUGCUUCAGCUUCAUCUCCAGUGCAUCUUGGUGUGGUUUGCAGCAGCUGAGCCGCUUGAGGCAACUCGCAGAGGCAUUUUAAAGCUAGGAAUAUGCUUACAUUGGAUCCUUGAUGGUAGGCUAUAGGGAUAUUCGUGGGGUGGGGGGAAUAGAACCGUCUUCCACAUCAAAUGCCAACACCUGCCACCAUCAACUUGAAAAAUACAUACAUCACAUCUGUCAAAAGGCUGCCACCAGCGGAUUGAUUCUACGGUGGCAUGACAUCUUGUUCCAAAGAGCUGACAGCACAAUUAUCUCCUUUUAAAAAGAAACAAUUUAAGAAGUCAUCAGAUAAUUCAGGAACUCAUGUCAUGAUUUUUUUUCCUUUGGGUGUAUGUUUUUUUUAAAAGUAGUUGCUGUAUUGUCUAUUCAUUUAAAAGUUGCGGGUUGCUAACACAGUAGUGUUAGUAUAAAAUAUUGUCUACAGGGUAGAUCUUACGAUGUUUGAUACUCAAAACAUUUUUAAGUGGAUGAAAUCCUAACUCUGUUUUAACCGGUGGGGAUAUUAACCUUCUGGCUCCAGUGGAGUUAGGAUUGCUUCCUUUGAUGGGAAAUAUUGGAAGAUGUUCCAAGUCAAAAUAUGGGAAAGGGCCUGGGGCUUCAUCUUUGAUAUUAACCCAUGUUUCUUUUUAGGAUUAUGUGUUUGUAUGUGAUAGCUUGUAAAUAUAUAAAUUUUAAAGUUUAUUUAAGAACGAAUCCUGCAGCCAGCUUUUGGCUUUGUCUCUCCCCCCCCCUAUUUUAAUACAAGCAGGAUGAAACAGUUUAACUCUUCUCUUACUGUUGAUGUUGUUUUAGAAUGUGGAUUUAAACUAACUUGUUUUAAACCUACCCUUUUUGUUAAAGGAGAAAUCAUAGACAGCAGUCAUUCCUGAGUGGUUUUUCAUUGUGCAAUAUCUGAAUUAACACUGGAAUCAACCCUAGAACAUAAUAAAAAUGUUUGGCAAGUCA